CUGUGAUUCUCGGAUGACCCGAUCGAGGCGCCAUCUGUCGUAAUAAAAUGAAUCGGCGCGGUACCUCCUGGUCGCACUUCUGGUUCAAACUUCGUUCAGGAAACACCCAGAAGCCGUCACACCUACCAAAUAGCAAUGGCUGAUCUCAGCGCAAGGGAUGUCGAAAGGGCUGAAUUCGCCUUCUCCAUCUACGAUACCGAAGGUACGAACGUCAUCGACGCCGUCGACCUCGGCAACGUUCUCCGUGCUCUGAACCUUAACCCAACCAACGCCACCAUUGAGAAACUCGGCGGCACCAAGAAGAAGGGCGAGAAGAAACUGAAACUCGACGAAUUCCUUCCCAUCUUCAGUCAGGUCAAGAAGGAUAAGGACCAGGGUUGCUACGAGGACUUCUUGGAGUGCUUGAAGCUCUACGACAAGUCUGAGAACGGCACCAUGUUGGCUGCUGAACUCUCCCACACGCUCCUCACCUUGGGUGAGCGUCUUACUGACCAGGAGUGCGACACCGUGCUGAAGGAUUGCAUGGACCCCGAGGACGAUGACGGUUUCAUCCCCUAUGCCCCAUUCCUGAAGAAGCUGAUGGCCUAAAUCCAGAAGUCAUGAGAAACAAAUCAUCAACCCGUUCCUUCGUAGAAUGUGUGACAAGGCGGCAGAAGGUGCCGGAGACGAUGACAACGAAUAAAAGAUGGCCGCCAAUCAGGUCGCGACGUUCAUCCAUCACCGAACCGAAACUGAAACGGGACAACGAUUCCGUCAACAUCACCGUCGACGAAGGAUACGUCUAUCUUAUUUCAUCACAUUCGCCAAAGUUCACUUCCGCCGAAGAGACCAGCUCGGCGUUCUUUCGAUCAGCGUUCUUUCUUUUUUCUAUACACAUCACGCAAAAAGGACACUCACCCUGCGUAUAUAUAUACACGAUGGAUCGUUAUUAUUAAUUUCUAAUUUCUACGGCCACCCUAGACUCUAGAAAUUAGAGGCGGAUAUAUAAUGUCUAUCUUAUAUAUUGGGCAGCGAUGCCUCAUCAGCAAUUAACUGGAAAUAUUUAAAUGCAACGUCUGUCAUCGGAACCACAAGGCAAAGACAUUGCACCCAUCAUCGAUACUAAAAUGGACACCUUGUUUUAUUUGGUUUAGCACACUGUUGUACUUUUUACGAUUAUAUUAGACGUAUCUCAGCACUGUAUUAAGCCGAAUGAAAUAAUUCUGUUAUUUUA